AUGAAGAAUUCAUUACAGAGAAAUGAAGCAAUGCUGAAAGUGAUCAGUGGUUCCAGGGCUGCUGCUGCUUCAGAGCAGUCAGCUCAACUACAAGACACGAAGAUUGAUAAUCUAGCAGACACUAAAGCCAUUAAACAGAAAGGGGAGAUCCACAGUAAGAGGACCGUUCCUAAGGAAGCCUGGCCCGAAGAGAAGAAAUCCUUGCAAAUAGAUAUUGCAGAGUCCAGAUGUCAUUCAGAAUUUGAAAAUACCACCCAUUCUGUCUUCAGGUCAGCUAAGUUUUACUUUCAUCAUCCAGUGCACCUACCAAGUGAUCAAGAUUUUUGCCAUGAAUCCUUAGGAAGAAGAGUUUUCAUGAGGCAUUCUUGGAAAGAUUCCUUUCAGCAUCAUCCAGACAAACAAAGAGAACACACUUGUCUUCCUUCCUCUUAUCAAAAUGUGGCAAAGACAAAGUCAGAUUAUACCAGAAUAGAGAGCCUCAGUAUCAAUGUAAGCUUGGAAAACAAAGAAGUACAGCAUACUACUAAAAGUCAGGCUAGAGAUUUUCCAAAAUAUGACAAACAAGUUAAUGACCUAAAAAGGGAUCAUAAGGCCACCCCAGAGUUAACAACUCAGCACACUGUGAGUUUAAAUGAACUCUGGAACAGGUAUCAGGAGCGACAGAGGCAACAGAAACCUCCUGAGUUCAGUGCCAAGAAGGAACUUUCCUUGGUGGAGCGACUUGAUCGUUUGGCUAAACUUCUUCAGCGUCCCAUCACACAUUCUCUCCAGCCCUCAGAAAGUACACAGGAUGAUAGCAAGGGGGAACAAGAUGUUAAGGAAUGGAGUGGUAGACAGCAACAGCAGAACAACAAGCUUCAGAAAAACAAACGGUAUAAAAGCCUGGAGAAAUGCCGUAAAAACACAGGCGAUCUUAAAAAAAAAACAAGGUUCUUUCUACUCAUCAAGCUGGGAGGGCCAAUCAGAUUACAAUUGAACAGAUUAAAUUUGAUAAAUAUAUUCUGA